AUGACAAGAUAUGCGAAAAGGCAGACAGGAAGACUCGACGCGCUCGCGCGUGCGCACAAACACCGAGCGCAAGCCUUCCCUCCGCCCCGCUCCUUGCCUGCCUCCUGGCUCCGCCCACAGGGCGCCCCUCUUCUCUGUUUGGUCCGGAAAAGAGCGCGAGGGGAGGAGCAAGCGGAGAAGCGAGCGGAGGUGCCCACCGAGAAGUGCGCGAGAUCCCGUGGGCCCCGUCCAAGGUGAGCGCAGAAAGGGCGACUGCAAGGACGCGCGCGCGCGCUGGUGUAUUUCUGGGCUUGGCAACGUCUUUGGCUGCAGCCGGUUUCUAGAGAGCUGCCUGCUUUCCGGAGCCUUAACGGUGCCUGGGUCUGCACUUCCCUCCCGGUCUUAAACACCAGAAUCAGCUCCAGGCAAAGGUCGAAUCUAGGUCUGACACCGCGUCUUGCUCUGGCACCCAUCGCGUUCACUUUAUGUCUGCACCCAAACAGUGACUUGGAGGGACCUGAGGUUUCCUCCUCUUACCGCAAGAUAAUCCUCGGCCAAUAAUAACAUGCCUAAUGGAACUUCACAAAGGAAACAGCCAUGUUAAUCCGUUACAGCAAAAUAAACAAAUACACACCCACACCCACAGGCUUAUAAUACAUGCCAGCUAAGUGCAUGGCAGCUAAAGAGUGCAGGAGAGGAUACCUCCUUGGGCCAGAACGCUUGCGAUCUUAAAAGUUCAAUAUAGGAGAUCGACAGAAGGAGGAGAGGGAAGUGGAAGCAGGGAAGCAACAGCAUUUGUUUCAGUUGCAUUUGCUUCAGUUACCGGCUGAAUUUGAGUAGGGCAGGCAGGGCCGGAUUUAGGUUUGAUGAGCCCUAAGCUACUGAAGGUGACAUAUACUGAAAGUAUAUGUCCAGCUGUCCUUUGUCAACAACAAAUUUUCAUUUUUUUUUGUGUUGACUAUAUCCUAUAUGGUAAUUUAUGGACCUAAUAGGUAUCUAAAGCCAUUUGCACAUAACAAAUAGGAGCUUACACAACACAAAACACUGUUGCUGUAGGUAGAUUUUAUUUUAUUUGUUUUUUAUCUUAUAUUUUGGAAAUGUACAUCCAGUUUUUUUCCCCUUUAAUUUUUUUGGGGGGGGCCCAAGAGAGUGGGGCCCUAAGCUAUAGCUUGUUUAGCUUAUACAGUGGUACCUCAGGUUAAGUACUUAAUUCAUUCCGGAGGUCCAUUCUUAACCUGAAACUGUUCUUAACCUGAAGCACCACUUUAGCUAAUGGGGUCUCCUGCUGCUGCCACACUGCCGCACGAUUUCUGUUCUCAUCCUGAAACAAAGUUCUUAACCCAAGGUACUAUUUCUGGGUUAGCAGAGUCUGUAACCUGAAGCGUAUGUAACCUGAAGCGUAUGUAACCUGAGGUACCACUGUACACAAAUCCGGCAUGUAAGGGCAACCUCUGGCACUCCAGAUAUUGCUCCCAGCAUCCAUGGCCAUUGGUCAUGCUUGAUGCUGGGUCUGAUAAGGGUUGUAUAGAAACAAGAGGGUUGUGCUUUCUUGUUGUUUCUUAAGUUCUGUGUCCUGAAGCUAUCCUGCCCUUGAUCGUGAUCUUUCACUUCCUGAAGGAGUUCUCUUUUCCCAUGAAAUGAGAUAGCUGAAAAUAAAAUAAAUUGAGUCGAGUGCCUUUCAGAGGAAGUUGAUCAAACUGGGUGUUUAUUUUGCUUUUGCAAUUCAGGUUCUUCAUGGCUGUUGUUUGCAGCCUUGUCCGGCAUUUCCCGUUCAGACACCGCUGGUCCUUACCAAGGUUGCAGAUCAGAUGCCAGAGAAAAGCCUUGAAUGUGUGGACAUGUGGGUCCCCCCGGUCCAAACUUAAGAAAGAAGGAACAGGGCCAUUGAAGAGAGAAGUGCUCAUCAUGCCUCCCAUCCGAUGGAGCAUCAGUCACUUGCCCAAGAGAUGUCUGCAUGCUACCCAGUUUCACCUCCAGGAAGUGAUGCUCACCAGUGAGCGAUAUGGGGUGCAGAGGCUUCCUUUUGCCCAUGUUUCCAGUACUGAUGUCUCUUUCUUUGAAAACCUUAUGCCUGGCAGAGUCAUCACAGAUUUAGAUGAACUGAAACUCUUCAACGUGGACUGGCUGAAGUCUGUAAGAGGUACGUUAUUUUGGCAAACUGCUUUAAGUAUUUUCUACACCAGCCCAAUUGGGUUGGACUACACAUUUCAUGGCUCUGCUAUCUAGGGCUGAUGGGAGUUGUAGCCAAAACAUCUGGCGAGCAUCAGGUUGGGGAAAGCUGAGCUGUACUUCCUGGAAGCCGUUCUCCAGAGUUUGAGGCAGGAGUGUUUCUCAGCAUCACCUGGAGAUUCUGGGGACUGAACCCUGGACCACGUGCUCUGCCACCAAGCUCCAGCCCUUCCCCUUAAGCCUAUAAAUCUGCAAUGUACUUUUUACUACAUUCACAUGAAUUUUAGCCAUAUUAAGCAGCACAGGUAUUUUUUUAUUUGGGGGGUGGUAGGGGAAAGCGUAGUGCGGGCGAGCUUCUCUUCUAUUUUAGAAUGUUGUACUAUUUUAUUGUUGUUAGCCGCCCUGAGCCUGGCUUUGGCUGGGGAGGGCGGGAUAUAAAUAAAAUUUUUUAUUAUUAUUAUUAUUAUUAUUAUUAUUCCAGUUUCAAAUGAAUGUUCUCACAUCUUGUUUACAUUACAGGCUGCAGUAAAAUACUGUUAAAGCCACGGACAACAGCAGAAGUAUCUGAGAUUCUCAGGUAACAAAAAAACUGUGUUUCCGUGAACUCAAUAAACAGCAUUAGAGAUGUCUGUAUUUAGGAGACUGUGCCUUACUUCUGUCUUGCUCAACUAUGUUUUAAGAUAUGCACAGUGGUACCUCUGGUUGCGAACGGGAUCCGUUCCGGAGGCCCGUUCGCAACAUGAAUAGAACGCAACCUGCAGCAGCGCAUCUGUACAUGCGCAGGUUGCAAUUUGCCACUUCUGCGCAUGCGCGUGACAUAAUUUUGCGUGUCUGCGCAUGCGCAAGCAGUGAAACCCGGAAGUAACCCUUUCCGGUACUUCUGGGUUGCCAUGGGAUGCAACCUGAAAAAACAUAUCAGGAAGGAAAUGUAACAUGAGGUAUGACUGUAUAUUAUCUUGUUUUUCAUCACUAUGAGUCAUAUUCAGGAGUCAUAUGAUGGUAUCUCAGAGUCCUUUCUUAUGUGUCUCUCUCUGUAUCCACUCUGAUAGACAGAGGCGUAUGAACACCCAGUAAAAGCGUUAGGUCAGUACUCUUUAAAGAGAAGUCUGUACAGUGGUACCUCGGGAUGCGAACGGGAACGCAAGACGCGACGGCGUGUCUGCGCAUGCCGGGUUUCACCGCUUCUGCGCAUGCGCGUGACGUCAUUUUGAGAGUCUGCGCAUGUGCGAGCGGCGAAACCUGGAAGUAGCGCGCUCCGUUACUUCCGGGUUGUUGCGGAGCGCAACUCGAAUGCACUCAACCCGAAGCACAUUUAACUCGAGGUAUGACUGUACUCACCUUCUUUCCUUCCUUUUCUCUCUGUGAGCAGCAGCUGAAUCAUAUAGAGCAGUGAUGGCCAAACUUGGCCCUCCAGCUGUUUUGGGACUACAGUUCCCAUCAUCCCUGACCACUGGUCCUGUUAGCCAGGGAUGAUGGGAGUUGUAGUCCCAAAACUGCUGGAGAGCCAAGUUUGGCCAUCACUGAUAUAGAGUCCAUCACAUUUGAAGGUGGUCUGUUCUCCUGUCUAGCAGCUUUUACCAUUAGGAAGAUUCUUCAGCUGUUAGCUGGAAUCUGCUUCCCUACAGUUUCCUCCCAUCCCAUUAGUCUUGUCCUCUAGAGUAACAAAGAGCAAAUCUUAGCCUUUAGUGUGUUAGCUAAACUGGGGGGAAAUGCCUCCAUAAAUAUGGUAUUCUGUUUUUGUUUUUAUUACUAAAUAAGUUAACUGAUGAUAGAUGAGAUGAUUUCAAAUAGAAUAUGGUUCCUAACGUGUAUGUACUGUGAAUCUAAAAGCUAUAGGAGUUUUUUCUUAGUCUUUUCCUAUGCACUUUUCUCCCUCUCCGCUUAUUUCCCCCCUCCUUGCCAUCUGUAUGAUGUUUAAGUGAAAACACCAUGAAAUUAAACUAAGGGUGAGCUAGUUGCCCACCCCUGUGUUAAAGGGAUGCAUAGCAUCUCAGGGCUCAUUCACACAAGCAGGUAGAUUGGUGUACAGUCAUGUGCCAAAAAGUGUGAACCCAGAGCACAUGCAAGACAGCUUGCAGCCACUUCCAAGAUCCUGGCCAGACUUCCCCCCAUCACUACUACCAUCUUCAUGUGUACCACUUAAUUUACAUUUGCAUGGCACCUUCAUAUUCUUUAGGAUUUUGAAUCUCAACCCACUAUUUGAAGUCUUACUGCAGUAAUGGGAUUAGUAUGCAUCUUAAAACUAUUGAGUAGUAGCAGCCAAGUUUACUCUUGAGUCAGUCUAGAAAUUUGAUCUUAAAAAAAGACUUUUUCGUUUCACUAGGAUCGCCUUUUCAAAGGCAUUAUAAUAUGCCCUUAGGAACAAGACCCCAUGGGCAAAAUGUGUUCCCUUUCAGGUACUGCCAUGAGAGGAACUUGGCUGUGAACCCUCAGGGGGGUAACACUGGCCUCGUUGGGGGCAGCGUCCCUGUCUUUGAUGAGAUCAUUCUCUCCACAGCUCUUAUGAACCAGAUCAGCAGCUUUGACGACGUUUCUGGUAAAUAUAUCUUCCCAGGGCAGGGGAAAUGGCUACACUAUCAUCCUCUAAAGAUUGCCAUUCUCCUAAAUUACGGAGUAGGGAGUGUGGCCCUGCAGAUGUUGCUGGUCUGCAACUCCAACCAUCCCUGGCCAUUGGCUCUCCAAAAACAUAUGGAGGGUAAACAGGUUCCUCAACCCUGUCUUAAGAGUUUCCAUCAGGGCGGACAAAAUGGGAGGUUAUUGAACCCUGAAUGGCAGAGCUGAUUCCUCCCUCUGCCGAUAGCAAUGGGAUGUAAGCUCAAGUAAAGGGGAGGCGGCGGUGGUUUUCUAUUCAGAAGUGUUGGGAGGUCAUUGCCUAGUAGCACAAGCCAGAAAUAACAUGUGGAGAGCAAGAAGUGUAAUUCUGGCAUUAAAUGAAAACUAGACAAUGGUGCCAGUAAACAAACAAGAAAACCCACCUCACAGAUCCUUGAUGCUGAGGCUGUUUGGGGGGUGGGGGGUGGAGAAUGUUACUUCCUUGCCAAGCCUCUGAUCCCCCUCUGACAGAUAGUAGAUCUCUUUGGGUUUAAAUUACGCCAACAAAAAAGGAAGUUUGCCUCCGUUUCUCAGACUGUAACUGGAUACUGAUUUUUCAGGAAUCCUUGUUUGCCAGGCUGGCUGCAUUUUAGAAAACCUCAACCAGUACCUGGAGCAGCUGGAUUUCAUCAUGCCGCUUGACCUCGGAGCAAAGGGCAGUUGCCACAUUGGAGGGAACGUGGCUACAAAUGCCGGUGGCUUGCGGCUCCUGCGCUACGGCUCUCUGCGAGGGACAGUCCUAGGACUAGAAGUGGUAAGAUGAAACUUUGAAAGCUGCUUCCCAUAUUUUAUCAUCUUCUUGUCCUUGACCAUUGGAGGGAUGAACUAGAGGCCCACAAAGCCCUAGCUGGUGGCCCAUCAGCCCCCUUGACCUGAUGUGCCACAGACAUGGGUGGGAAGUCCAGGACAUCAGCAGAUGUUCAUCCUCAUCAUGCCGCUGAGCUGGGUGGGGAGGCUUCAGCCUCUCUGCCUACUAAGCACCACCAAUCAGGGGACAGGUUAUUUCCUCCUCCUCACUCACCAGGCGAUUGGUCUCAUGAGCAGUUGCAAAGGGAGAAAUUGUAUCUGUGUCCUGUGCAUGAACCUGCCUGCCUGCAUAUCUUCCCCUAUGUGGAUAUUAUGUGUGGAUGCACACACUGGUGUGUAUGUGUGUGUAUGCUAGCUGUGGGUGGCCAUGCCCACUUCAUUACCCCACUGGGACAUGGUCCCCUGGAGAUGUGGGAAAGUGGUGACUUGGUCCUUGGACCCCAAAAGGUUAGCCACCCCCCUCAUUCAGCCUGGACACUGAGGUCCAGUCCAAAGGCCUUCUGGCGGUUCCCUCACUGUGAGAAGUGAGGUUACAGAGAACCAGGCAGAGGGCCUUCUCAGUAGUGGCGCCUGCCCUAUGGAACGCCAUCCCAUCAGAUGAACAACUAUCUGACUUUUAGAAGACAUCUGAAGGCAGCCCUGUUUAGAGAAGUUUUUAAUGUUUGAUGUUUUAUCAUGUUUUUAAUAUUUUGUUGGGAUCCGCCCAGAGUGGCUGGAGAAACCCAACCAGGUGGGUGGGGUAUAAAUUAUUAUUAUUAUUAUUAUUAUUAUUAUUAUUAUUAUUAUUAUUAAUUUCACUCCCACUUCAGAUGCGCAUACUGUUAAUUACUGAAUUGUAAUCUCUUCAUUCCAUUUCAGAUCCAACUCUGCUACUGUAUUGUCUUUUUAAAAAGUUCCCUCCUGAAAUAUUCUGUGUGAUGGCAACUAAUUAAUCUAAUUGAAAAUGUUAUGUUUAAUCUUAUUGUAGCCUUUUUAAAAAACAAAAACACACACCCUCUCAAAUAUAUCAAGGAAUUAUCUAAGGAUGUCCUCUUCCAGGUGCUGGCUGAUGGCUCUUUGUUGAACUGCUUGUCAUCUUUGCGGAAGGACAAUACUGGCUAUGACUUGAAGCAGUUGUUCAUUGGGUCUGAGGGGACCUUGGGCGUCAUUACGGCAGUUUCCAUUCUCUGCCCACGAAAACCCAAGGCUGUGAAUUUGGCAUUUCUUGGUAAGAGCCAUUCUGCUCUCUAUUUUCAGAAGUGUUAUUUGUAACUACUAGUGGUAUUUUAGCAAGACUAGACUUGGACACAACUCCGCUUAUGGUGAAACUGUUACAGCCCUCGAAGACAAAUUGGUUAUAUUUAUAUUUUGUUUCCACUGAAUAUGAUGACUGACUUACUAGGAAAGGUUGGGAUAAGAACAGAGAACGCAAUUGGCACAAUCAGCAGGGUAAGAGCAGAAAAUGCAGUUAACGUAACCAGCAGAUCACUCUUCACAUAUGUCUGGAAUAGUUCAGGGCUGAGCUUAAAAUCAGGGGGUGUGAUGGUCCUACAGGCAGCAGGGUAAAUUGCCUGCCUGGCCCAAAGGUUGCAGAUAUUGCCUGCUGCCCAGAUAGCCUGGUGGACAAUGCUGGGGAGGAGUCAGUGGUCAUGGGACAUGUUGGCAGCAGUGACAUGGGGAAAUGUAAUCAUGAGGUCCUGGGAGCAAAAUUUAGGCAGCUAGGUAGGAUGCCUGAUUCAGCAGGCUCGGCAUACUUUCUUAAUAAAUUCACUGAGCCAAGGAACUGUCAAUAAGUUGUAGCCGAAUCCUAACCUGGUCUACUCAGAAGUUAUUCCUAUUACAUUCAAUGGGUCUUAUUCAGGUAAGUGGGGUUAGGAUUGCAGCCUUAAGCUAUUUUAUGGGUGUCAUUCCUAAAGCUGCUAUUAGUGUAUUUUUGGUCUUUGUUGGAAGCCGCCCAGAGUGGCUGGGGAAACCCAGCCAGAUGGGCAGGGUACAAAUAAUAAAUUAUUAUUAUGUUGUUGUUGUUGUUGUUGUUGUUGUUGUUGUUGUUUUGCAGCAUGGAAGCCUCCAGCCUGAAGAAUGUGGGCGGGGGGGGAGAGUUCUGUGUUUAGCAAAUAAGUUGUCCUUUUCAUCUUUUACCGUUUUGCAUACAUAUGGCUCCUUGAUGUGUAUAGGUGUGAUGUCAUGUUUCCCCCUACUAGUUUUUUUUACUUUUUAAAUGCAACUCUCUUUUUCAUUGUUUUAUGUUUUCCUUUGUGUAAAGGUUGUCCAAGUUUCUCUCAGGUCCUGAAAACUUUCACUCUCUGCAAGGGCAUGCUGGGAGAAAUCCUGUCUGCCUACGAGUUCAUGGACAACGAGUGCAUGAAGCUGGUUGAGCAACAUCUCAAAUUAACCAACCCAGUUUCAGGUACCGGCUAGCCAUAUGCAAAAUUCACAGGAGGAAUUCCUUCACUGAUUCUGUUGGGGAGGGGGGAAUAGACUCAAAUGGUUGAACUGAAAUGUACAGGUUCCCUAGGUGCUUUCUGUGCUUGCUGCUACUCAGUUGUCCGCUAUAAUCUUGAAUGCAUUCAUUGCUCACAUUCACGCUACAUCAUGGAUUUUGUAGUCUUAAAUAGAAUAGAAUAGAAUUUAUUAUUUGCACCCCGCCCAUCUGGCUGGGUUUCCCCAGCCACUCUGGGCGGCUUUCAACAGAGUAUUAAAAUACAGUGGUCUGUUAAACAUUAAAAGCUUCCCUAAAGAGGACUGCCUUCAGAUGUCUUCUAAAAGUCUGGUAGUUGUUGUUCUCUUUGACAUCUGGUGGGAGGGCGUUCCACAGGGCGGGUGCCACUACCGAGAAGGCCCUCUGCCUGGUUCCCUGUAACUUGGCUUCUCGCAGUGAGGGAACCGCCAGAAGGCCCUCGAAGCCGGACCUCAGUGUCUGGGCAGAAGGAUGGGGGUGGAGACGCUCCUUCAGAUAAUACUGGACUGAGGCUGUUUAGGGCUUUAAAGGUCAGCACCAACACUUGGAAUUGUGCUUGGACCUAUGCACACGUAUUAUACCUGAUGUUGCCAUGCAUUAUAUUUUUGUUGUUUUGUUAAACUUCUUAUUCAGUGUUUACACAUUGUUAACAAGCAUUACACACAUACAUAAUGUUAUCUGUAUGCACCUUUCCAUAGUUGAAGCCAUGCUCAAGGCGGCUUAAAAUACAUACAGUGGUACCUCAGGUUACAUGCGCUUCAGGUUACAUACGCUUUAAGUAACAGACUCCGCUAACCCAGAAAUACUACCUCGGGUUAAGAACUUUGCUUCAGGAUGAGAACAGAAAUCAUGCUCUGGUGGCGCGGCGGCAGCAGGAGGCCCCAUUAGCUAAAGUGGUGCUUCAGGUUAAGAACAGUUUCAGGUUAAGAACGGACCUCCGGAACGAAUUAAGUACUUAACCUGAGGUACCACUGUAAUUACAAACAUAACAAAAGUAGUUAGAAACAAUAAAUGGCAUCAGAAAGUACACAACCAAAUUGAAUCCAUUUCCAUAUAAAUCAUAAUAAUAUAUAAAAUAAAUAUACCAAAAAUUAAUAUCAAUAACAGCAAGAACCCCCACCCCUGCCAGUACCCCAGCGUAUGCAUUUUUUACACCAUAUGUAGUUGAAAUUUCUCUACCAUUUUCACAAAUUCACAGAGCCAUCUAGGGAAGGUGUGGGCAGGAGAAUCUGGAAACAAAAUGUUUAAACCAAAUUCCACUUUUUCUGAAUUUUGGCAAGUAGUCUUGUAAAAACAGGAUAUAGGCCAGGAAACUGUGUCAUGUGAGGCAUUCCGCAGAUUCAUUUUUCUUUGGGGAUUUCUUUUAGGUUAGAAAUACUAGAGAAACAGAUUUUUGAUUAAAAAAAAACAAGAUGGCUGCUAAUGUGACUUCAGGAAAAGGCCUUUUCCUCCUGUCCUUUGGUUGAACCAUUUUGGGCAGGUUGGCAGGAUUCACUGAAAGUGUCUUUUAAAAGAUCCAAAAUUUCCGAGAAACACCGUUUUCUUAACUUCUGCGUGGUGCAGCAGGAGUCAUUCCAGUGAAUAUGGUGUGGUUUUUAGCUGUUGCAACUGAUAGUGACAGUCUCCUUUCUGAUUCUGCUUUUCCAACUCCAGAAAGUCCUUUCUAUGUGCUAAUUGAGACUUCAGGUUCCAAUUCUGCCCAUGAUGAGGAAAAGCUGAGCCACUUCCUGGAACAUGUCAUGGCCUCUGGUUUGGUAGUAGAGGGAACUCUGGCUUCAGAAGAUAAGAAAAUAAAGGUAAUUUCCCAUUUCUCCCUAACUGUGCUUGGGUUGGGGCUCUGAUUUGAAUCUGAACUGCGUACCAAUGGAUGUGCAACUAUUGGUGUAUGUGGCAUACACCAGUGAUCCCAUCAUCAAAUAGUCAACCCUGUCUAAUUAAUUAAUUAAUGUUUUACUUUUACUAAAUUUAUGUCCCUCCCUUCUUAAAGGAGCCCAAGGAAGCAAACACCGAGAGACAAAAUAAUACAAACAUAUUCAAAACAAUUCCAAGGCAGGUGCAGACUGGGAAAGAUUUCAGCUUAAAAAGCUUGAAAGAGGAAGGUAUUCAGUAGGCACCGAAAAGGCAGUAGAACCAGCACUGCCUAAUAUUAAAGGAGGGGAUUCCAAAGAGUAGCUGCCGCAAGAGGGAAUACCGUGUUCUUAUAUUGUUCAGAAUGGACUUCCUGAUAAGAUGGUACCUGCAGGAGUGCAAGUGAUCAGUUGGGUAUUUAAGAGGUGAAAUGAUCUUUCGGGUCUCUAGGUCUCAAGCUCUGUAUGACUUGAUACACCAAAACCAGCACCUUGAAUUUAACCUGGUAGCUAAUUGGCAGUCUAAUCUCCGUGCAAAACAAAUCAGGACAAAUGCUGAAACAUGUCCUUUGAGACUUGUGUGUGGCUGGUCCAACUGCAGAAGGAAGACUUAAGCUGCUGUGGAAUCGCUCACUGGAAUGACAAAAUAAUGUCAGCCCAGCACUAAAUAAGCUUUUGGUGAUUUGUUGAAGCCAACCUAAGCUCAUUAUUCUUUGAAGAUUAAUUGGUUCUUUUAACAUAAACGCCUAAGUAUCCGAGAUGACUUAGCCAGCAGUGCCCAGAUAGCAGUUCACUUUUGUAAAGCCAUCCAUGUGGAAUGAAAACAAAAGCAUUUCGUUUUCCAUCCAAGUCACUGCUUGGGUCCAUUGCAGGCGCUGUGGGCUUUGCGGGAACGGAUCACAGAGGCCUUGACUUGCGACGGAUCCGUUUACAAAUAUGACAUUUCGCUGCCUGUGGAGAAACUCUAUGAUUUGGUGACGGACAUGCGGACACGGCUCGGCAGCAGUGCCAAGAACGUGGUGGGCUAUGGCCACCUAGGUAAGCUGGAAUGUGCUUGGAAUCAAAUGGCCUUUACUGAUUUGGAUUUAGGGUUUUUUGUUUUUUGUUUUAAUUAUUAAAGUUUUCUUGGUUUACAAAGGUAAACCAAAUUUUUUCAAGUUACAUUUUUCCAUAGGUCAGUUUCAUUUGUUGAGAGGACUUAGAGUUCUUAUAGCAAAGUGCUGUAUAAGGAAGUCCUUGGUUCACCUCUCACCUGCUCUAGGGGGUUGGACUAGCAGGGACCGAGCAACAGGGUGAGCUCCCGUUGCUCGGUCCCUGCUCCUGCCAACCUAGCAGUUCGAAAGCACUUCAAAGUGCAAGUAGAUAAAUAGGUACCGCUCCGGCGGGAAGGUAAAUGGCAUUUCCGUGUGCUGCUCUGGUUUGCCAGAAGCGGCUUAGUCAUGCUGGCCACAUGACCCGGAAGCUGUACGCCGGCUCCCUCGGUCAGUAAAGCGAGAUGAGCGCUGCAACCCCAGAGUCAGCCACGACUGGACCUAAUGGUCAGGGGUCCCUUUACCUUUACCUGACUUACAGAAUGGCCUCCCCAGGGUAGGUCAGUUGGUGCCAACUGUGAUGUCAUUAUGACAACUGCGAAAUACAUUUUUAUUCCCCAUGGGCAUUCCAGCGCCUAGUGUGAGCUAGUCUUUAUUUGCUCUGUCAAUAACAGAACAAAUCUGUUAUGAUUUGUUCUGCAUCUUGCUUUCAGCUGUGGUUUUUACCUAUUUUUUGUUUUAUUCCUUUUUAUUGCACUGUUAGCUUACUGAAGCAUGGCCUCUAGAAAUCCCUUGGACCAUGAAUACCCAAUGUGUUGCCCUCCAGACGCUACAACUCCCACCAGCUCUAGCCAACGUGGUCAGUGGGAUAAUGGGAAUUGUAUUCCAGCAACAUCUAGAGGGCGCCACAUUGUCUACCUUGCUUUUAGACAAAUAUACUAAUGAAUAAUCUUCAUUAUAUUUUAAAAUAACCCUCUUCUCUAGAAGAGGAAUUAGGCAGAGCCACUGCACUGCUUGCCCAGUAACUGAAUGUGUUUUCUGCUUUCUCUUUGGAAACCCACUGAUUUUGGGACUUUGCUUUGGCAGGAGAUGGAAACUUGCACCUGAACAUCACAGCAGAUUCCUACAGCCAUUCCCUGCUGGAGGCUAUUGAGCCAUUUGUAUAUGAGUGGACUUCCCAGUACCGUGGGAGUAUCAGCGCAGAGCACGGUCUAGGCUUCAAGAAGAAGCAUUAUAUCCACUACAGUAAACCCCGGGAGGCAGUCCUUCUCAUGCAGCAAUUCAAGGCCAUGUUGGACCCCAAAGGGAUUCUAAACCCUUACAAGACAUUGCCAGUUAAGGGGGCAUGAUGGUGACUAUGAAGAACAGGAUCAGGAGACCUUUGUGUGGAGGUUGUCUAGCAUGGGAGCUGUAAGCAAAUUGUGAAACUGCAACAUGAAAUGGAGGUUUGCUCCCCACCCACCCCCAACAAAAGAAAUAGUAAAGGAGUUGAAUUGUCCUCCCAGUAUUAUCUAUCUACCAAGCUCUGAAUUAUCCGAGAAGCAGAGAAGACAACGUUUGUUUUCUAAGGCUCUUUCUUUCAAAGCUUCCGGUUGCUCCCCAUUUUUAGGGCUUUGUUUUUAUCUGAAUACAAUGUGUAGGAGUGGAACUUGGGAUAUGAGAACAAUUUUCAGGAGGAAAUUCAUGGGAUAGCUUCUCUUUCCUUCUUGUUGCAGCUGCAUACAUUCAAAACACAAAUUGACAGCUGCAGGAUUUGCAAGGACACUGAAGAAGAUAAGAGGGUAUUCUGUGCUUUGAACCAAGUGUGGGAAACAUUUUACAUUUCUUCAUGGAAAAAUAAAACCUGUAAUGAAAACAUUACCUCAA